UAGAGGCUGUAGACUGCGUCUGCUGCGAUCCACCUAACCUAUAACAUUUAAGUACUGUUUCGAGAAUUACGCGUAAUUAUCGUUGUAUCUGUAUCAAAGUGAGCUGUUUGUUCUUGGGAGUUAGAGGCUGAAUAUGAGAACCACAGUAAACAACGUGUAUACGUCAAUACCACAUCUUGAAGAACCACAAUUUAAGUCGGGAUUAAGUACUGAGAUGGAAAAUAAAAUUGGAGUACUUCCAAAAGACUCGAAUUCUUUUCAGAAUUCAGAGAAGAAAAUAUCACGCAAAAUGCGUAUUUUUUUUAAAUGUCUUUUGAGCAUUACCAUAUUUCUAUUACUGAUUUACACUUCUUACGCCCUCAUUACUCGUAGCCAUAGGAUGUAUCGUAUGUUUCAACGCAAGACUGAAGAGGAGCACAGGAGAAACGAAAUGUUGAAUUCAGUGAAUGAUACUGGGACUGAUGUUUUGGAUCAUACGUUACAAAAACAAAAGCCUUAUCUAUCGAUACGGCAUUUUCAAAAAUAUAAAUCAAAACAAUGUUUGAACGUACCCUUAGAAUUGAGAUUUGAUUGCCACCCAGAAAGUGGAGCAUCGCAAUGGUCGUGUGAAAGUCGAAGGUGUUGUUGGAGACCGUUAUCGACAUUUGACAAGGAACAAAACAUUUUAGAUACGCCAUACUGUUAUUAUCCACCCUAUUGGCGUCAAUACAGCUAUCUAAAUUAUAGCCACAUUAAUAACGACUUCUCUGGUUAUAUGAAGCUUUCGGCUAAUUCAUUUUACAAAAAGGAUAUAAACAUAAUAAAGGUUGAAGCAAGCAGUAUUGACAGCUCGACUCUGCGUGUUAAGAUUUAUGAUCCUGAAAAUAAACGGUACGAACCACCAUGGCCCUUAAGAUCUGAUCCAAAACCGUUUACAACAAGGGUACCAGAUGCAAAAUACCGUCUUGAUACAGACAAGUCUAAAUUUGGUUUUAAUGUUACUCGAGCAGCAGAUGGCACUUCCAUAUUCAAUACACUUGAUCCUGGUGGUUUCAUUUUUGCUGAUCAAUUUCUACAGAUAAGUGCUCUAGUGCCUUCGCAUAAUAUAUAUGGACUAGGGGAACACCAAACCCAUUUGAAGUUAAACACUAACUGGCAGUUGUUUACUUUGUUCAAUAGAGAUCAUUACAUAAUGGACCAAGCAAACUUGUACGGUUCCCAUCCAUUUUACCUCAUGAUUGAAAAUAGUGGUAACUGUCAUGGAGUCUUGUUCCUUAAUAGCAAUGCCAUGGAUGUCAUCUUACAACCCACACCGGGUAUAACAUUUAGAACUAUUGGAGGUAUCAUCGACAUAUACUUCUUCAUGGGACCAACGCCGGAGAAUGUCCUCCAGCAAUACUCAGCUAUCGUUGGCAAACCAUUUCUACCACCAUACUGGGGUCUCGGUUUUCAUUUAUGUAGAUAUGGAUACGGAACCUUAGAGAAGACUAAGGAAGUGUGGAAUCGAACUAGGGCAGCGCAAAUUCCAUUUGACGUGCAAUGGAACGAUCUGGACUACAUGGAGAGAAACAACGAUUUUACCUACAACAAGGACACGUUCAAGGAUUUGCCGAAAUUCGUGGAUGAAAUUCACGCUGUGGGAAUGCAUUAUGUACCAUUGAUCGACGCCGGAAUAGGUGCAUCGGAGAAAGAAGGUACAUAUCCACCUUAUGACGAGGCAUAUAAAGAAGGUCUACUCAUCAAGGAUGGUACUUCAAACGAACCGAUUUUCGGGAAGGUUUGGAAUUUAGGUUUAACGGUAUGGCCUGAUUUUACGAAUCCAAAAACGCCGGACUAUUACCUCAAGAUGAUGAGCGACUUGCACGAUAAGUUCGCCUUCGAUGGAAUAUGGAUCGACAUGAACGACCCGUCCAAUUUUUACAACGGCAAAGAAAAUGGAUGUUCCCACAACGACUUGGACUACCCUCCGUACAUUCCUCAUAUUUUGGACAAUUAUCUGGCGACGAAAACCAUAUGCAUGAAUGCUCAACAUUAUUUGGGGCCGCAUUAUAAUCUCCACAACACAUACGGUAUAAGUCAGGCGGUCGCUUCUAAUCGAGCACUUAAGAAAAUCAGAGGAAAGAGGCCUUUCAUUAUUUCUCGAUCGACGUGGGAAGGUCAGGGAUUUUAUAGUGGACAUUGGACGGGAGACGAUACCUCUUUAUGGCAUGACAUGCGAAUGAGCAUCCCGGACAUCUUAUCCUACAGCCUUUUCCAAAUCCCUCUGGUAGGGGCGGACAUUUGUGGAUUUAAUGGCAAUACGACGGAAGCUUUGUGCAACCGUUGGAUGCAGCUUGGUGCAUUCUAUCCAUUCAUGCGUAAUCACAACACGGAUGACGCGAUAGAACAAGAUCCUGUGGCCAUGGGUGAGUUGGUGGUUAACUCCACGAAGAAAGCUUUGUCGAUUCGCUAUCGGCUGUUGCCUUAUCUCUAUACACUUUUUUACCGUGCCCAUCGGUUUGGAGAGACCGUGGCUCGCCCCCUAUUUUUCGAAUUCACCAAUGAUACCACUACGUACGACAUUGAUUCGCAGUUUUUAUGGGGAAGCGGUCUGAUGAUCGUUCCUGUACUUGAUGAGGGCGCACUAGCAGUACGAGCCUAUCUUCCUCGUGGUAUUUGGUACGAUUUCCAUACUAAAAUGUCGCAGCCCUCUAUUGGGGAAUAUUUUACUAUCGGAGCACCUGUUGAUACGAUACCUCUGUUCAUCCGUGGAGGAUCAAUUUUACCAGCUCAAGAACCUGGCCUCACAACCACAGCUAGUAGAAGAAACAAAUUUCAACUGAUAGUAGCUCUUGACGAGUCUGGAAUGGCCAAAGGGGAGUUGUACUGGGACGACGGUGACAGUUUGGACACGGUGGAGUAUGGACUGUAUCAAUGGAUAUUCUUCACGGUCCAGAAUCAGAUGCUCUCCAAUGUGGACAUGAAAAAAGGUUCCUUUGACGAGAUCAUGAUUCUGGAUACAAUAGAGAUCUUCGGGGUGAAGAAUCCCGUAAAAACCGUGCUCCUGAACAACAAUACUGCAGAAUUCGAUUACAACUCCGAUGUAUCGUUCCUGAGGGUAAAAAAUCUCUCGGUGGAUCUCAAGCAAUACUUCGUCAUGUCCUGGCAGGACCAAUAAACGUGCUUUACGAUGAAUGUUUUGUCGCUGGUUAUCAUGCACUUUCAACGAUGGAAUAUCGCAAGUGGUAAGAAAUACCAGUGGCUUCAAUUAAUCACAAAAGACUGGAUUAAAUCGUGAUAUUAUAAACUCUGCCGUGAUAUACACGCCCAAAGUAUGUCGCGUAUUAGACUGGUUAAAUAUUCCUUUCAUUUAUAACGUAUAUAUAUAUAUAUGAUAUCCAAUGCUAUGAAAAUAUUUUUAAUACAUCUAAGCUUGUGGUUACUAU